AUGCCGGAGAGUCCCGGAGCAACUGCAUCAGACCAAAGUGUAACCCUCGAGUGCAAGUUCUGCCAGGCUUUCCUCGAGGCAGCCGAGGAAGUGAGAACCCUCAACGAAAAGAAACUAGCUGCCCCUUCAGAGUACACUCGAGAGCGCCGAACUUGGAAGCUUGAAGCCGCCGAGGUAUACAAUGGAUGCCAAGUUCAUCUCGGCUUCCCGGAGGCCCUUCUAAAACUAAACGUCGACUUGAAUGCUAUGGACUACUCGAUAAAGAAUCACACAGGCGUUCAGUUAUCCAUUCUGCGAGCGCCGCAGCUUCUGCUCAUCAACGAUCUCUCUCACAACCCCAGCAUUCCUCUAGAACGGCCCUUGGAUCAUUUCAUCGAUCCAGCUCUGAUACUCAAGUGGAAGCGAGACUGCAACAAGUAUCACGGAAGCAAGUGCCAGGACAAAAGCACGCGUCUCCGCCGUCCGCUCUCGUUUCUUAUUGAUACCAAGCAAAUGUGUCUUGUUGAGCCGGCAGACGGCAUGGAAUAUGUCGCUUUGAGCUACGUCUGGGGCCAAGCACCCAUGCUCAAGACAACUCGAGCCAAUAUAGACCUCCUACGACAGCAUCAUUCCCUAGAGCGGCUUGGGAGUCAGAUCCCGACCACCAUUAUGGAUUCCAUAAAGCUAGUGCCCUUACUGGAGGAGCGCUACCUAUGGAUCGAUUCCCUCUGCAUCAUCCAGGACGACCCAGUCUCUUGUGGUCAACAGAUCAACCAGAUGGCAGCCAUCUACGACAAUGCCACCCUCGUUCUGGUCGCAGUAGACGGACAAGACGCAGAAGCCGGUCUGCGUGGUCUGUCCCGGCCAAGGCUUCUUAAGCCUAUUCUCCAGUUAACACCCGAGACACGCUUCACUGUCAAAGGACUUCCGUACCGUGCUACAGCUCCUUGGACGACCCGUGGCUGGGCCUUUCAAGAGAGUAUCUUCGCGCGAAGAAAGAUCACAUUUUACGACAAUACUGUGAGGUGGACAUGCCAGUGCUGCACCUUUUCUGAAGACAUCGACGAGGCACCCGAUAAAGCAGGUUCAGCUCCCCUGCUGCAGGCUUAUGGUAACAGCCUUCAAACAUUCAAUGCACUUGAACUAUCCAGGGCUCCGAAUCUGCGCCUCUUUGCCGACCUGAUUUCCAUCUACAACCAACGAUCACUCACCUUUGAAGAGGAUGUAAUGAAUGCCAUUUCCAGUACAUUCAGCGUCAUGCAGCAAGCCUUCCCUCGCGGCUUCAUCUACGGGCUGCCCGUGUACUUCUUCGACACCUUUCUGGCGUGGCAUGCCUUGAACUGUGGUCUACGUCGCCGCAAGGGGGCGCGUCAGGAUACAGCUUGCCCGCCAAGCUGGACGUGGGCCGGGUGGAAAGGAAGACUGGCCGGAGGAGUCAGGAGGAGACUCAACCAACCCAACGCCAUAUCUCGAGUGAUACCGACACUCACAUGGUACACCAGUGAAACGCCAAAAUCGCCUGGGCGUCUCAUUCCAUCUCAGAAUGAUGCGUAUCAUUAUAAAACACGCUUCAUGGGGGAAAAGGAUAACCUCCCAAAAGGGUGGAAGUGGUGCCGUGGAGAUUACUACGAGCACAAGUCCUUCCCCAAGGUUGAAUUCAGGCACCCAGUCCCCAUAGGCGGUCCAGGGGACGAUCAAACCGAAGAAAUCUCGUACGGUCGAUAUCUCUGUGCAGAGACACAUCAGCAGGGUUGCAAAUUAUUAUUCUUACUUAAGAUUAUUAUAAUAUUAAUGGUAUCUUAA